UCACACACUCAGCGCAUGAUGCUGCCAAGCGCAGGAAAUCCACCGAGUGGGGACUCUGUCCCGGGGCUGGGAGGUUACUGAGUCUCCAGAGGCAGGGGUGGGGCGGGGGAUUCCUUGCCCAGGGGGAGGAGGGGUCUGCGAGAGGGGCGGGGAGGUGAGGGGAGUCCCAGGGAGGCAGCCAGCCGGGCUGAAGCUCCCCACUCACUUCCCCCCGGCAGCGGAGGCGGUGGGUGGAUGCAGCGGCUAGGGCAGGACGCGGAGCUCGGACGGGGGCAGCCGCUGGGAUCGCUGAGCCCCGCUGCGGCCCCGCUCCAGGCGGCCGAGAACAGGAAGAAGAGGGUCUUACCAUAUUGAGAUGGCAAGAGGAUCUGCCAGAGACUAGGGUUGUGAGGCACAGUCAUGCACUUACAGAGACUCCUUCUGACUGUUGCAGUCACCCACUACUUCUGCACAGCGUGGGGGGAUGGAAUCUCGCCUCUCCAAAUUGCCUGAGAGCCCCGAGUUUUAAAGGCAGCCCCGCCACAGGAGCACUGACAAUGAGAGACAGCAGUCACAGUGCUCCAUGUUUUCUGCAGAUGUGAUGAAAAGGAAAACCCAUCGAGUUAGAGACUGACCUUGUCUAUCAGUAAAAUUCCAUUUACAGGAUCUGUCAUGUCACCCUUUCUUCGGAUUGGCUUAUCAAACUAUGACAGCGGCCCCUACCUGCCAUCGCAAGGGGAGGUGAUUAAUCCUUAUUGUGCGGUGAUGGUCAAAGAAGCAGAGGAAUCAGAGAAUGGCCAAGUGUACGUCCAAAAGAAGCCCACCAUGUACCCACCCUGGAACAGCACGUUCGACGCCCAUAUCAACAAGGGUAGGGUCAUGCACAUUGUUGUGAAGGACAAAAGCGCGGAGAUGGUUUCAGAAACCACAGUUGAACUCAACGUACUGGCGGACAGGUGCAAGAAGACCAAUGGGAAGACAGAAAUAUGGCUAGAAUUGAAACCUCAAGGGAGAAUGCUAAUGAAUGCAAGAUACUUCCUGGAAAUGAGCGAUGCUAAAGAGCUGAUCGACUGUGAGACAGAGGGGUUUUUCUCCCUGCAUCAGCGCCGGGGAGCUAUCAAGCAAGCCAAAAUUCACAACGUCAAAUGUCACGAGUUCACUGCUACCUUUUUCCCACAACCCACAUUCUGCUCUGUCUGCCAUGAGUUCGUCUGGGGUCUUAACAAACAAGGCUACCAGUGCAGGCAAUGCAAUGCUGCCAUUCAUAAGAAGUGUAUUGAUAAAGUAAUAGCUAAGUGCACAGGAUCGGCAAUCAAUAGCAGAGAAACAAUGUUCCACAAGGAGAGGUUUAAGAUAGAUAUGCCGCACCGGUUUAAGGUCUACAACUAUAAGAGCCCGACAUUCUGCGAGCACUGUGGCACGCUUCUUUGGGGCCUGGCGAGGCAAGGGUUAAAGUGUGACGCAUGUGGCAUGAACGUCCAUCACAAGUGCCAGACGAAAGUGGCAAACCUUUGUGGAGUUAACCAGAAACUAAUGGCCGAAGCACUGGCAAUGAUAGAGAGCACCCAACAGGCUCGCUGUUUGCGUGACACUGAACAGAUCUUCAGAGAAGGACCUAUUGAAAUUGGCCUUCCCGUUCCUAUGAAAGAAGUAACUCUGCUUCAGUCUGUGCCAGCACCUGCAACUGCGAAAAGAGAGCCACAGGGAAUCUCCUGGGAGACGCCGGUGGAAGACGUGACAAGCCCUGAGUCUCUCGUGGAAUCAGAACCAGGGAAAGACCAGAAGUCUGAGCAGCUGAAAUUAACAAUUGAUGAUUUUGUCUUACACAAAAUGUUGGGAAAGGGAAGCUUUGGCAAGGUCUUCCUUGCCGAGUUAAAGAACACGGAUCAGUUUUUCGCUGUGAAGGCUCUGAAGAAGGAUGUGGUUUUGAUGGACGAUGACGUCGAAUGCACCAUGGUGGAAAAGAGAGUCCUCUCCUUGGCUUGGGAGCACCCGUUUCUAACCCAUGUGUAUUGUACAUUCCAAACCAAGGAAAACCUCUUUUUCGUAAUGGAAUAUCUAAAUGGAGGAGAUCUAAUGUUUCAUAUCCAAAGCUGUCACAAGUUUGACACCGCCAGAGCAAUGUUCUAUGCUGCUGAAAUAAUUUGUGGUCUGCAAUUUCUUCAUUCUAAGGGAAUAAUAUACAGAGAUUUGAAGCUGGAUAACGUUCUGUUAGACAAGGACGGGCAUAUCAAAAUCGCUGACUUUGGGAUGUGUAAGGAGAACAUGUUUGAAGAUGCAAAGACAAGCACUUUCUGUGGAACCCCUGAUUACAUUGCUCCCGAGAUUUUGCUGGGACAGAAAUACAACACUGCGGUUGACUGGUGGUCCUUUGGUGUCCUUCUGUAUGAGAUGCUGAUUGGCCAGUCUCCUUUCCAUGGCCAAGAUGAAGAGGAGCUUUUCCAGUCCAUCCGCAUGGAUAAUCCAUUCUACCCUCGCUGGCUCAAUAAGGAUGCAAAAGACAUCCUAGUGAAGCUUUUCGUGCGAGAACCGGAGAGGAGGCUCGGAGCUAAGGGGAACAUCCGCCAGCAUGCCUUUUUCCAGGAGAUAAACUGGGAGGUUCUAGAAGAGCGGGCGAUGGAACCACCAUUCAAACCCAGAGUGAAAUCCACAAGUGACUGUAGCAACUUUGACAAGGAAUUUCUCAAUGAAAAACCUAGACUGUCGUGUGCAGACAGAGCGCUGAUUAACAGCAUGGACCAGAAUAUGUUCAGCAACUUUUCAUUUGUGAACCCUAAAAUGGAGAGGAUGUUAUCCUGAGAUCUGCCCUCCCCGGCACCUUCCUCGCUAAAGGAAUUCUGUGAAUUGAUUUGAGUAACACUUCUAUCAACUGAAAACCAAGAAUGGUUCACUUUGACGAGGACCUGAACAGAAGCACUCACCAGUGAAAGCUGAUACCGUGUUUGUGGGUUUCCACCUGGUUGUAUCCUGUAGCAGAUGCCAAACGUACUUCACGAAUGGCCAACUCUCUUUCUGGUCUCUCUUGGUCUCGCUCUCUUUUCUGCAUGCUCUUGAAUUUGAAGGCAAUAGAAAAGGAGUAGAUACAAAAUCCUGUUCACCUUACUCACACACAUAGCCGGUGGGACUCCUCGUGUGAGUAAGACAACCACAUUUCGGCCCUAGCGGUGCGUUUCAGAUUUGCUACUCCAGUGUCCAGUCCUAACGUUCUUAUUGAGGCCAAAUUUCCAUUGAGUAAAGGGUUGUGUGUUCAAGAAUUGGACAUCCUAGAAGACUACCUUUCCAGGUAGGUCUCUUUUCAGCCCCCACCUGUGCACCUGUAAAAUUGCAUGUACACCUACAUGCACUCGGCGAAGACAAACACCGGCCUGCACGCUUUAAAAAUGCCUUUAUUUGUGCAAGAGCUAGAAUUUGCCCACACAAAAAAACCUUGGGACAGACAGGCUUUGUGGGUGCAAAUUCCAACACUUGCAUGGACAUAAAUGUUAGAUUUGCCUAGGUGUGCAUGCAGGGAUUUACACUUGCGCAGGCUGGGGACAUGUAUACGUGAUCUUCAAACCACAGACUAAAAAUCAAGCUCUACUUCAAUGCAUUGAGGCUCAGCUCUGAGCUUUAUUCCUCACAUCUGCACUGUAUGGGUGUGUCUAUGCUUCAAGCUGUGGGUGCGAUUCGCAGCUCGAGGAGACAUACCCACGCUAGCUCUGAUUGAGCUAGCGCGCUAAAAUUAGAGCAUAGCUGUGGCGGUGCAAGCAGCGGGAGGAUCGAGCUGCCCCAAGUUCAUGCCUAGCAUCUCAGUCUAUCUUUAGCCCGCCAUCUCACAGCACGGCAUCUCAGUCUAUCUUUAGCCCGCCAGCUCCAUCAGAGCUAGUGUGGGUCUGUCUCCUUGAGCUGGGAAUCACACCCCCAGCUCCAAAGGUAGACGUACCCUAUGGGUGUUCAUUCAAACAGAACUCUCUAAACCAGGGGUUCUCAGGACAAAAUUUUUCAUGGCCUCAGAGUGCAGCCACCAACUCUUGCUGGUGGCCGCUCUCACACUUUUCUCUAAAAUACUUAAUCAGCUUUAAGAAAAACAAUUAAAUAUGCACAUAUGCACGUCCAUAUCAUUAUAAUUUAUUUAUUGCUAGCUAGUAAGUCCAUUGUGAAAAGUGAUAUUAACGUACAAAUACUGCUUUUCACAGCAGACUUACUCAGCCCUGCCAAGCCUGGGGACAAAUUAAGCCCUGGAUGAGGGGCUAAGGGAGGCAGGGGGAGCUAGAGCCUGAAGUCCUGCCACCCUGAGCCUAGGGCCUGCCACUGUGCAGCUGAAGCCUGGGAUUGGAGCCCGAAGCCCCACAGCCAGAGCCUGCCAGCCCACCACCCCAGGACUGAACCCCAAAGCCUGAGCCCCACCGCCCUUGGGAAGGUGGGGAACUCACCGGCUGUCUGCUCCUCCAGCAUUGUGCCCCAGCUGUCUCCAGAGGGGGGCAGGGCCCAACCCCUGCUGGCAGCCCCAGCAACUGAUACCAAGGUGGUGCAUCCAAGAGCAACAGGGAGAGGGAGGGGCUUUCACUCCCCCCCACACACACACAUCCCAGGGGCCUCUGAUAGCAAGAAAAGGCCAUGGUGGCCGCAUUUGAGAAACGCUGCUCUAAGCUCCUGUCCCAGCAUCUGCCAGAUUCAGGGUAAAAUCAGGGCUGGAUUCUCUUUGGGGGAGUCUCUUCUUCCUAACACCUGGUCAGGAAUAUGGAGAGACUCUCCCCCAAAACAUAAUUUAGGGAUUUGGGCCUCCAGUCAUUGUCCUGUAGGUAUUAACUUGAAAGAUAGUAUUCAUUACUUUCAAAGACUGAACAACUAAAUACUGCUACAAAUGAUGCUGCCCCUGCUCUUUGGUAUUCAGCAGGGACCUGAACCAAGGUACAAAACUGCACACGACACUCUAAAGAUGAGACAAUACAUUGCAUGAUAAUGGCAAUUAUUUUCUCUCAACUGUUGACAGCAAGUUGCUGACCUAUUAUGUUCUGUUUCGGGCAAAAAAAUAUCGUAGCAGUAAUGAGAUUUUAGUGGAAAUCCUUUACAAUAAAUGUACGCUGUCUUCUGAGAUUUGCAAAACCAUCAUCCUACUUAUUUAGUUGCCAUUCAAGAGAUAAAUGGAGAAAUCUAAUGCCUCUAAGUUACUGCUUUUCACUAAUAGUCUAAUGGAAAUAUUUACCCUGGUUAUCAUGUCAAAGCAGGAAUAAAGAGCCAGAUUCUCUGCUCUGUUGAGUUCAGUGGAGCUAUGUUGGUUUAUUCCAGCUGAGGAUUUGUAUGAAUAUUUAGAGAUUUCCAAGGGCAAUGUCAUGUUAAUGACUUGAUUCAAUUAAAACUGUCAUAGGCUUUCUACCUGUACAACCACGUUCUGGACAUCAGUGUCAGUGACCAUGGUCCCAUGUGAGGGAAUGGGCACUCACCAUAGUACGGUGAUGGGCAGCAGUAUGAAAAUCUAAGACAGAAAAGAAAACCACCUUGCUGUUAAAAGACUAUCCCAGGAAUGUGAGUCUCCUGCCUCUUGAGAAGUCGUUGUUUGUGCUGUAUGAAAUGUAGGCGAAAUCUGUGCAUACUGUUUGCCGCUAGUCAUCAUGUUUAAUUAGAUUCGUUAACAUGAAUUUUUAAAAUGUCAGUGCUGUUUGUACAGUUUAAUAAAAUGUUGUGUAUGA